AUGUUAUAAGAAGCUUAUUUUAUUUGUGUGAGUGCCUAAUGCAAGCAGGAUAGAAUUUUAAACGAUUGGGAAUCAAUUGUGGCUCAUCAAAAUGAAGGUCAUGAGGUAUUGGAGAAAGAGGAUUUAAUUAAUACCAUAAAUGCCAAGUUAAAUAAGAAGAAAGCCACUUUGCUUUAAGAUUUAUUGGCUAGAAUCCAUAAAAUAAUGAUUAAUCAAGAAGAUGCUUUAAUAUCCUUAAUAAAUCAAACAUUUUUUGAAACCUACAAAAAUUGGAAGGAAUAAAUCUAAUCAUAUUAAUAAUAUCAAGAUUAUCUACUUCCUAAUCAAAUUGAUUAGGAUACAAAAAUUUCCAAACUAAUUGAUGUAUAUUAAAAUUUGGAUAAUGAAUAACUUCACUUUUUCAAGGAUUGUUUGUAUUAGACAGAAAAUUAAUAUAAUGAACUCUAGAAAUAAAUUAAGAUGCAUUUCACCAAGACUGAAUAAGAAUUUAAAUUGCUUCAAUAAUCUUUGUUUAAUUAAAUAAAAGAAAAUAAAAGAUAAAGAGAAUAUAAAUUAUAACAUAAAUAAAAUGAUAACAAAAUCCAAGUUCAUCAAAAUGCUUAAUAACAAUCAAUUCCAAUAUUUUAAAAAGACAAAUUAUUAACUACUAAUACAAUUGAAAAUAACAACAUGCUAAAAGAAAUUUAAUUAAAAUGCGAUUUUCAAAUCUAAAAAGAUCCCCUUAACUUAGGAGAUAAUAAUUAAUAGAGAGAUCAACAAUAAAAGAAUCACUUUAUUCAUUAAGAAAAUGGAAAUGGUUUAAGUACCAACCUCAACAAUAAUAAAUUAAAUGAGAAACCCCAAAAAUAUAUUGUAUUGACUAAAUAAAAGGAAGUUCGCAAAAAUCAGCACUUGGAAUAAUAAUCAUCUCUGAAAUAAGGCUAUUAUGAAUAAUCUUAAGGUAUCAAUUUAUUCUCAGAAGCCUAAGAAAUUCAAUCAACAGACAAUAUUAAUAGAGCUAACUCAACAAAGUAAAUAAUAACUGAAACUAUCCCUUAAAUUCAAGCAUUACCCUUGAGAGGGUACAAAGAUAAUUAACAAUAAUAAUUAAAUAAUAUUGUAUAAUAGAAUACUCAACAUUUGAAUAGUAAGAUCGCACCCCCUGAUGAAUCAAUCAAUAAAACCAAUAAUAUUGUUCAUGAAUUAAGCUUGUCACCCCAAAAACCUCCACCUUUAAAGGGUUAUAAGGAUAGAUAAACUGAGGAGUAGAAAGUUAUAAAACUGGCUAGGUCUAAUGAUAAAAGAAAUUAUUUAGAUACUGAAUAAAUCAAAGAAAUAUAAUCAAACACAUCUAAAAGAUUCGAUAUAGAUAAAUCUGAGAAACAUAUGAAAUAUUCCAAUAAAUUCAGCACAAUAUUUAGUAUAAAGGAGUGCUUUGCAGUUGUGGAAGGUGUCUUUAAAUUAACAGAAUAGAAUUAAUUUCAUAUAUAUAUAAGGUCUUCAGUAGAAAAUUACGAGAUAGAAGCAGGAAUGAUUAAUUUAACUUAAAUAAAAUAAAAAUAGGUGUUUCCAAAGCUUUAUGGAAUCAAUGAAAAAGGAGGUAAUACAUCAAUUAAUAUUAUUAGAAUGUUUAUCAAGUUAAACAAAAACUCCAAUUUAAUUGCUUUUAAAUUGUUCCUAUUUGUUUGCAUUUAGAAAAGAGGAGAAAACUUUAGUGUGUUUAGAUUUAAUGAAAAAUAUCCAAUAUGCAAUACAACUACCAAAUGAUGAAAACUCAGAUUAUGUAUUUUUCAUCAAGAUGAGUAACCUAGAAGUUUAACUAAUUUGA